ACAACAUCAGUCGCUGCGGGAACGCUGACCCACAGGGACGUGUGCCACAAAGAGUCCCGGCAUCUCUACCUCUCUCUCGAGGAGUGCGAGCUUUCAGUGGUGCGCAGAAAAAAACGGAAAAUUUGAAUAAACUGCUAAAUAAAUAUUUAACCAACACACGACCGUUUGUACCACAUUUCAUCGAAUUUCUGCCCACAAGUUGGCUUUUUUUUCUGCACAAAAGUUUCCCCGAAAAGAUAAAUAUUUCAUCAAUUUUGUCAAUUGUGGUCCAAGAAAAUGGUUUACACCACCCUCACGCAUUGAGAGACUGUUUGGAAUUAUUUUGGGAAUUUAUUGCUGAACAAUGUUGAUUUAUCCGCAGAGCAAAGCGCUUCUGUGGUUGAUCAACAGGUUAACGCCGGUCAGUGCUUCAAAGAGAUUUUUGGGUGCUUUUUGAGAGAUUUUUUUAGUUGCUGUGAAUUGUUCUGAGAAAUGCCACAGAAUGGUCAAACAUUAUUCUAAGAUUUGUUAAGGUCAACAUGGUGUCAGUGAUGGGUUUUAUGUGCUAAAGAAAAAAAAACUUUUUGUUGAAAAAUUCCCCAAGACAGAACAAAAUUCUCAAAGAUCAAAAGAAAGGAAAAAAGCAAAUAAAAGUGCUUCUUUCAUCAAAAGGAAAAGCAAGUUCAGGACGGUCAUUGUACGACUCCCUCUUUGCCAACUGUUUGGGAGUAUUCGGAGGGAUAACCACGCAAAACCUCCUGCCUGCCCACCUGAAUCCCGAUGAGGGCAAACCCGUGUCCAUCAUGAACAUCUCAGAGGACAUCCAGGAGCACAUCAACCGAUUGAUGGGCAAUGCCAUCGCCACAGAUGGUGAAUCACCAGCUGUGCUGCAUCAGAACUUCACCAAGUUCUUUGCAAACAGCUCAAAGGACAUCUUUAAGGAUCACAACCUCACGCUGGACAAUGUGAAUGCCUUCGUGUGGUACUGGAAUAAGGCUGUUGCCGAACGUGAGUGCUCCACCUACUGCAGUGGCACCGUGAGGGACAUCUUCACGAGCUACCGCAGCAUUCAUGGCUACAUCUCUCUCGUGAUCUGUAUCUUUGGCACAAUUGCCAACAUUCUCAACAUCAUCGUACUGACGCGCAAGGAAAUGGCCAAAGCUCCGAUAAAUAUCAUCCUCAAAUGGCUCGCGGUCACCGAUAUGAUUGUUAUGAUUGAGUAUAUCCCCUUCUCAACCUACAUGUACCUCAUUUUCCCAGGAAAACGAGAAUUUAAGUACUCCUGGGCAGCCUAUCUCCUCUUUCACAUGCACUUAUCACAAAUCCUCCACACAAUAUCCAUCUCACUGACUGUCACACUUGCCAUUUGGCGCUAUAUUGCCAUCAAGUAUUCUCUCAUGUAUUUCAGACAUCCUCAUGGUUCCUUUGCUGCAUGUGUCCUUUCGCACUGCAACGAAGCCAUCCUCAUGUCCUACAUCAUCUCACCGCUUCUCUGCUUCCCAACAUAUUUUGUCUUCCGCAUCAAUGAGAAGACCAUCAAGGAGAACAAUCGGAGUGUCCUUUUGUACCAUUUGGAUGCCAGAGAAGAUACAGCUCUGUAUAGAUUUAAUUUUUGGAUGCACUCCAUCGUUAUUAAGCUCCUCCCGUGCGUCAUCCUCACUGUGAUCAGCUUUGUCCUGAUCCGUGUACUCUACAAGGCAGCCAAAAGGAAAAUAAAGCUAAAGGGAUACACAAAUCCUGCAAAUCAAGGAGCUGCAACUGCCCUCAAUGGAACCAAACCUCCAAGAUCAGACAGGCGAACAGAUCGAACAACAAUGCUCCUCGUGGCUGUGCUCCUUCUCUUCCUAAUCACAGAGUUUCCACAGGGAAUCCUGGGGCUUCUCAGUGGGAUCCUGCAGAAAUGUUUCCUUACGCGGUGCUACUCGCUCUUUGGGGAGCUAAUGGACCUCCUGGCACUCAUAAAUGCCGCCGUAGGGUUCGUCCUCUACGGUCUCAUGUCCAAGCAAUUCCGCACAAGCUUCAAGGCGGUCUUCUUCAAGCACCCACCGCAUGGGAUGGAGAUGACUAAAGUCACAGGCUUGACCACAACGUGUGUCUGACUACACCGCUUCCUACGCCCAUGCUGUGUGGCACCGAGUGGUGAUCGCGUCCAGGAUAAAUCCCUUGUUUGACACUCACCCCUCGUGGAGAGGCGUGAGUGCCAGGAAGUUGAUGCAAAGCGCCCCAUCUUGGGGUUGAACAACGAAAUGAGCUUAGGGCAUGAUUCAAAUUGCUCCGCAUGAAAAUUUAAUGCAUAAAAAGCUACUAUAGAAAGUAACUCCCUAUUUCUCUAUAAGUUUAAGGAAUUUAAGAACUAAAAAUGUGAUUGAAUAGAUAGGAGCGAAAUGGAGAAAUAUAUUUCUAAAAAUUGCCUAUUUUGUAAAAUAUUUCGCAGAAAGUUUUUAUUAAAAAAUGCAUUUUUUGUUUAAAAAUUAUUUUAUUUUGAAAACUGUUUUAGGCGAGGACUGGACGCCAUAUUGCUUUCUCUAAUGCAUGUUUUAUUUUAAUCGAUUCAAAGAAUCUCGUUAUGUUUUACUAUACUUUGUAGAUCAUGAAACUAGAAUAAGAUAACCAAAAGGAAAUUCAUUGGAAAAGUUUUGUAGAAAAAAAUGAGGUUAGAUUUAGGAAAAAAAUAAAGAAGAUUCCAUUUUGCAAAUUGAUUUUAUUGCCCUUACAAAUAUUACGAGAAAAAGUUUUUGAUUGAAAUUUUUUAUCGGAAUUUGAGGUUAGAAUUUUAAAAGAUGGCUACAUUUUUAUAAAGUAAAAAUAUCCUAAUCUUGCUAAUAAUCGUAAGAUUAUUUAGAAAAUAAACGCACAAGGAAUUUAAAAAAUAAAUAAAAUUACAAAAAGCACGAAACCCACGCGGCGUCCUUUCCAAACUUCCGCCAUUUUGUAAUCACAAAAUUACCCUCUUUAUUGUUUCUCAGAGCCAACACAGAGAGCUAAUUAUUAAGUAAUUCUUUUGUAAAUAAUUCUGAGAGAAAAAGAUUUUUCUCCACAGCGAGAAAAUUCCGUUUCCCAAUCCCACGCUUUGAAAAAAUCACCCAAAGGGAAUUUCUUUUAGAUUUCUAUUAAUAAGUUGAAGGUUAGAAGUGAAAGAAAAGAGAUUUUUUCUACGAAUUAAAUGUAAAAGAGAAAUACAUAGCAUUACUUUGCUAGGAAUUUAAGAUAAAAUGUAAAACAAUGAAUUAAUUAAUGAAAAAAUGUAGAUUAAGUAAAUAAUGAAUUUGUACGUUAAUUUUAAAAAUAGAAAUUUAGCAUUAGGAUAGGAAUUUGCUGUAGAUAUUUCCUUUUCUCAUUGCUUAAGUAUUUUGGGUAAUUUAGAGAGAUUUGUGUGGUGGAGAUGGUUAAGAAGAUUUGCUGAAUUGCCCCAGUGUACGUUUCUCCCUGUGAGCCCACUGAAAUGCCCACUGGCGUGAUUGCAAAUAAUUAGACUAAAUAAUUAGAUUGCAAUUAAUUAGGGUAGAUUAAUUAAUUUGUAAAUAAAGCCUGUUGCUAUUUAA